AUGUCAGUAAAAAUGAUCGAGAUAUCUCCACUCGUGCAGGCUCUCGUGAAUUGGGGCCAAGUCCACGGGACAUCACUUGACCCAGGUGUUGAGAUUUAUCAAGAUCCCAUUACAGGACUGUCUUUCAGAUCUCUUCGAAGUAUUCCACCUGGAACGAAACUUGUCAACUGCUCUUUCAAGACAACUCUCUCCUAUCUCAACACAACAGAAAUAACCUCAUCUUUCUUAAGCCGUUCACCGCCAUUUCCUUCCAAGUUCAUCAAUACCCUGAAAAAGGAUGAUCCAAACAUUAUCGGUCACUUUUUCCUAGUUCAACAGUACCUUCUUGGCGAAGAAUCAUUCUGGUGGCACUACAUUCAUCUACUUCCACAGCCAGACGCUCCGGACGCACUUGGGCUUCCGGUCUGGUGGCCAGAAGCAGAUCUCAAAUUCCUAGAUGGAACAAACGCCGAGCCCCCUAUCAAGAAACGGAAGGCGCUGUGGGAAGAAGAAUGGAAGCAGGGAAUUGCUCUCUUAGGUGAUGACUUUGAAAACCAUGACAAGUACACCUAUCAUCUCUACCAAUGGGCAGCCAGUAUUUUUGGGAGCAGAAGUUUUCGCGCUUCUUUGACAAUUCCACCGGAACUGAUCAGUGGCCCACAAACUUCUUCUGAGGAAUCGCCAUUGAUAUUAGAACAUAUCCAGAAGGACCGUUUUUCUGUCCUUCUUCCUCUUAUGGAUAUUGGUAAUCACAAUGGCGUCAACCACGUUGACUGGUCAAGAGAUUCUGCCACAGGUCAUUUCUGCCUCUCGAAUUGCCAAAGUAUUGUACCAGGCAGUCAGAUCUACAAUUUCUAUGGCAACAAGUCGAACAGCGAGUUACUUGUUGCUUAUGGCUUCACACUACCUGGUACAGAGAGGGAUACGAUCAACUUGAGACUGACGCCUAGCCCCGAAGUUGUGCAACUGCGACGCUCCCAGACUUCGCAUGCUUUGGAUGCAAAUCAGCCGGAUCAAGAAUUCAUGUUCCAUGUCAGGAUACUGAAUGAUGCAACAAAACAUGUUAGAGGUCUUCCACAGUUAGAUAUGUUUUCAGCUGGCCUUGUCGACACCAUGUCAUGCAUGUUAGCCAACAAGAGGGAGCAAAGAUUCAUACUCAACAACCCCGACUACUCUCUUGAAAAUGACUCCAAUCUAUUUGGCAGUCCAUUGUCAAGGAACGUGAUCCUCGUACUCCGAAUCAUUCACGACAAGCUACAAUAUGAAAUUGCCCGAAUCGAACAAUGUGGCGCUGACAUUGGGGAGGCUACAACGCAAAAUCAGGAAACAGCUGUCGAGUAUCGAAGCAGACAAAUUCAAGUUCUCCGAACAGCGAUCCCGCCAGUCACAACUAUCCUUCGGUCUGCUUUUUCGUACAGUUCCUUCUGCCAACAUACCACUCAUAACACCAAUCGGUCCGAACGCGAUGUCGCUUCACUGCACAAUAAUGUUGAAUUCCUCUCGCUAGAAUGUGCUUUCAGCUGGUUGCAUAAAAACUAUCCAAGGGUGGCAUCAAAAGUUUCGCAAUUAAUCUCUGAAGAUCAAGAAGAGUCUCUUCCGCUCGACUGGGCAAUUCUAUUUGAAGACUGGGACCAUAGUUAUUGGACGGUAUGGAUAUAUCUUGUUUGGAUGCUAUGGCUACACAGCAAAGCCGAUUUCGAGACCCGGCAUGUCGAUCUGACUAACUGGAUAUCCGCGAUGAACAAAUCAUACGAUGAAGCGCUCAUCUUAAAUUCAGAAACAGCAAACCUUGAAGCUGAUUCAACCGAGCAAGAGACGAUUGAUUUCAUGGUGCAUGAAAUAGCCCAGUUACCCGACGUAGUUACCUCCCCACUUCCUCCGGAUGUAGCGGAACGAUUGAGAAAUUUCGCGAGCUUCGUGGCUAGCGAAGAAGUUCUACCUGCAUCGUGUCAGAUGAUGAUAGGUUCUCAGGCUGGUGAGAUCCUGGAGCAAAAGCUUCUUUGUAUUUCCAAAACUGCUCCUGCUACGCGGAUGAAAGAGAUGGGACCCUGGGAAACCUUUCUUUCUUCAUUGAUUAUCUAA